AUGGCGCGCGAGGGGGAAACGAGAGAGGGAGAGAGGGACGCGGCAAACGGAGAAGGGAAGGAGAGAGGGAGGCCGCAAAGGAGAACCCAGGGAGGGGGAAAAGGAAGGGGAAAAGGGAUGCGGGGGGCCACAGGGGGGGGAAGGAGGAGGGGCCUCCCGGGGGAUACUAAGAACGCGGCAAACGGGGAGAAGGGCGAGAGCACAAAGGCGCAUGGGCGCGGGGGCGGAGGAGGGCGGGCAAAGCAAAGGCCAAGGAGAAACGGAGGAAAGGCGCGGGGAAGGGAAAAGAAAAAAAGGGGCAAGGGGGCGAACCAGAUGCAACGGGCGGCCCAAGGGGGGAACCGGGAGGGAAACUGGCGCCCCGGCGCAAGGAGUGGGCGAUCGCCGGCCCGACGGGCGGACGGGGAGGGGACGAAGGAAACCACAAGGAUAAACAGCGGAAGCGUGGACGGGAGAGGGAGGGAAGGGCCGGAGCAGAGGAAAGAAAAGGGAACUCAGGCAGGAGUGGAUGGAGCCACAUCGCACGGGCGGAAAAGGAUAGCCAGAAAUCGGGGCGACCCGGGCGGCGGAGAUGCAGCAACGGCGAAAGGCACAGCAGCGGGCGGUGAUAACCGGACGGGAAUGAGAAGGGGAAAAUAG